GCCUCCGUCCCCACGCACCGGUCCGGCCGCUCCGCAGGCGGCGACCCCCUCUUCCCCAGCAGCCUCCUGCGCAAUUAGCGCCUCCGCCGCCCCCCCCGCGCCCCUUGUUGUUCUGAGCGGGUCUGGGCUCGCUUCUGGGCUUUCGGCUGCCUCCCCUCCUGGGGAGGGGAGAGGGCCUUGCAUCACUUGAGUUUUCCGUGCGAAACUCAGGGGCUAUCCCGGCAGCGUUCAUAAGGGAAAGGCGUUCUCACUCUCUUCCUCUUUCCCUCUCCCCCUCUCAGCAGCCUCCCUCCGGGUGCCUCCUGCGGCUCUCCCGGCAGGACUCUGCAACCGCUGCCCCGGCUCCGCUGGCCUUGCAUCUGCCACUUUUCGGCCUUCGCCCUUCCCCGCCGUCCGCAGCGGGCACGGCCGGGACCCCGCGGGCCGGGCGGGGACCAUCCUGCGGGCAGCGCCGCCCCUGCUCGCCGGGAGCGCCCGGGGGGCAUCCGAUGGCCUAGAAAUUAAGCAGCACUUCGGAGUUGGUACAGCUGCCUCCCCCCGCCCUCUUCCUUACACCGCUUAGGAUCUCCCCGCGUCUCUCCCCCUUUUUUUCCCUUUAACUUUGCCACCCCCCUACCCCCCCCCAGCAGCCCGAGGUGGUCGCGGAGGAGGCGAGGCGCCCCCCGGCCCUUCAUGCGAGGCUCGGGGAGGAGGCUCAGGGGGGUCCCCCGGCAAAUGCCGGCGCUGCGGCGGGGAGCGCCCCCGGCCCGCCGCCUGCCCCCCGCGGGUCGGCACUGACCCCCACCGGGGGCUUGCUCCCACCCCAACCGGGAAAAGCCCCCGGGGCUGGAGGUCGGGCGGGGCGGCCCGUCGAGGCCAUGGCCUCCGGCGGACGCUUGCCGGCGGCGGGGCGGCAGCGGGGGCCGCCCAGCACCCCGCGGGGGGGAGGCGGCUGCGGGGCGGCGGGGCCCGGGCCGGCCUCCGGGACCGAGCCUCUGCCAGGGGAGACCAGGAGCCGCCGGCAACUUUGCUCGGCCCUGCGCGCCGGCUGCCUCUGGGCACUGCUGCUGCUGCUGGCCCUGGCGGCGCGGGGGGAGCGCGGCCGGGAGCUGGCGGCGGAAGGGGGCGCGGGGCCGCGGGACUGGGUUUUUUUUUGGGGCUGGCUACCCCCCGGCGCCGUGCCUCUGGGCCUGGCGGGGGCUUUCUUCGGUGCUGGCCGCUACCUGCUGCGCGGCGGCGUGCGGCCGCGUGCGGCGGCGCUGCUGCUGGCCGCCUGCUGCGGGGGGGAAGCGGCGGCGCAGACGGCGCUGGCGGCGGGGGAGGAUCGCUUGCGUUCCCUGGCCGCCGCGGGGGUGGUGCUGAGCUGCCUGGCCGCCGUGACAUGGCUGGUGCUGAAGCCGAGGCAGGGCGUCCUGAUGAUCGCCGUGACUAGCGCGGCCAGGACCACGUCCCUCGUCGCCUUGGAUAGGGUCCCGGCGUCCUGGCGGCCCUACCUGGCCUACCUGCUGGGGCUGCUCGGCAUCCUCCUGGCCGGCUACGCCGACCGGCUCUGGCCCCCUCGGCGGGCCGCCCCGCUGGCGGAGCCUCCCGCCGCCCCCCCGGCCGCGGACGAAGCCCCGGUGUUCAGGCGUCGGCGGCGGUCCAGCUCCAUGAUCUCCGCCGAGAUGUCGGGCGGCAGCAAGAGCCACCGGCGGACCUCGCUGCCCUGCAUCCCCCGCGAGCAGCUCAUGGGGCAUUCUGAAUGGGAUCACAAACGAGGACCCAGAGGAUCACAGUCUUCUGGUACCAGUAUCACAGUGGAUAUCGCUGUCAUGGGAGAAGCACAUGGGCUCAUUACAGACCUUCUAGCAGACCCUUCAUUGCCUCCCAAUGUGUGUACUUCGCUGAGAACAGUGAGCAACCUGCUUAAUACGCAGUUAACCUUCCAGGCCAUCCACAAACCAAGGGUGAACCCUUUGGUGUCCUUCAGUGAGAACUACACUUGCUCUGACUCAGAGGAAUGUCCAGAGAAAGGGGAAAAACUAGCUAUUCCCAAGCGCUUACGGAGAAGUUUGCCUCCAGGACUGCUGAGACGAGUGUCCUCCACUUGGACCACAACAACGUCAGCCACAGGUUUACCUACACUGGAACCAGCCCCAGUGAGAAGAGAUCGCAGUGCCAGCAUCAAACCUCAUGAAUCACCUUCAUCCAGCACUGACUCCUGGAACAGCUCCCUUAUGAUGACAAUCACAAAGAGCCGCUCCUUCUCCACAUCUUAUGCCAUGUCUCCUACCAACCACCUGAAUGCCAAAAGGCAGAGCCGGCAAGGUAUCCCACCAAAUAUUUCACCUCUCACCUCCCCAUGCCAUUCACCUAUUCAGGGGACGCCUGCUACAAGUCCUACCGGAAAAACAUCAUCUGUGUCAUUUCCAGACUCUACAGAUACUGACAUGAAGCAAGGUUUAAAGCCACACAAAGUCUUAACUGCUACUCAGAGUGCACCUAGCCUGUCAGACCCUAUCAUCAGCCCCUCUGUUAUCUGCAGCAGCUGUGGCAGACCCUAUAACCAAAUAGAAGCUGGUGAUGGGACACUAGAUAGAAGUGAUGGUACCACACACUCCCUGAAUAGAGCAGAUGAUCCUGCGCAAGCCACUUCUGACUAUGAGACCAACAACAGUGACAGCAGUGAUAUCGUACAAAAUGAUGAUGAGACAGAUUGCUCCAAAGAACAGACACGGAAGGGAUCCGUCUGUAGGACAUAUGCACCUGAGACCAUCAUUCUGCAUCCCUUGAUAGCACCUGAGGACAAGCCUGUGCUUGCUCCUGAGCCUCUGGUUAUGGACAACUUGGAUCCCCUGAUGGAGCAGCUAAACAGCUGGAAUUUUCCAAUCUUUGAUUUGGUGGAAAAAAUUGGAAAGAAAUGUGGUCGUAUUCUCAGUCAGGUAUCAUACAAGCUUUUUGAGGACAUGGGUCUGUUUGAAACCUUUAAAAUUCCAGUGAGGGAGUUUAUGAACUAUUUCCAUGCCUUGGAAUGUGGAUACCGGGAGAUACCUUAUCACAACCGAAUCCAUGCAACUGAUGUUCUGCAUGCCGUUUGGUACCUUACUACUCAGCCCAUUCCAGGACUGCCAACUGUGAUUAAUGAUCAUGGGUCAGCAAGUGAUUCAGAUUCUGACAGUGGAAUCACUCACGGCCAUAUGGGUUAUGUGUUUUCGAAGACAUACACACCUACAGAUGACAGCUACGGAUGCCUAGCUGGCAACAUCCCAGCCCUCGAGUUGAUGGCUCUUUACGUAGCUGCAGCCAUGCAUGAUUAUGACCAUCCAGGAAGGACCAAUGCCUUUUUGGUAGCAACAAGUGCUCCUCAGGCAGUGCUGUACAAUGACCGCUCUGUUCUGGAGAAUCACCACGCUGCUGCUGCCUGGAACCUUUUCAUGUCGAGGCCAGAAUACAACUUCUUGGUCAACCUUGACCAUGUGGAGUUCAAGCAUUUCCGCUUCCUCGUCAUUGAGGCAAUUUUGGCUACUGACCUGAAAAAACACUUUGAUUUUGUUGCCAGAUUCAAUGCCAAGGUGAAUGAUGACGUUGGGAUUGACUGGACUAAUGAGAAUGACCGCUUGCUGGUUUGCCAAAUGUGCAUCAAAUUGGCUGACAUAAACGGGCCUGCAAAAUGCAAAGACUUGCAUCUGCAGUGGACAGAAGGCAUUGUCAAUGAGUUUUAUGAACAGGGUGAUGAAGAGGCUAGCUUGGGCCUGCCUAUCAGUCCUUUCAUGGAUCGCUCUGCUCCUCAGCUGGCACACCUCCAGGAAUCUUUCAUCACUCACAUUGUGGGACCACUAUGUAACUCCUAUGACUCAGCAGGGCUGAUGCCAGGAAAAUGGAUAGAAGAUAGUGAUGAAUCAGGAGACACUGAUGAGCAUGAAGAGGAAGAUACAGCAGAAAUGGAAACGUGUGAAAAUGCUGAAUCCAGUAAGAAGAAGUUCAAGAGGAGGAAAAUCUACUGUCAGAUCACUCAGCACCUGCUCCAGAACCAUAAAAUGUGGAAGAAAGUAAUUGAGGAUGAGGAGAGGUUAGCUGGGACAGAGAAGCAAGGUGCAGAGCAAUCCACACUGCACCAAUCUUCAGAACAAAUUCAGGCCAUCAGGGAAGAGGAGGAGGAGAAAGGGAAGCCCAAGAGGGAUGAAGAGGAGGACACAACUGUAGAACCAAACCAAUGACAAUAUUUACAGCAGUAUUUUAAGACAGAUUGACUUGUGCACAAACUCUUUCUCAAGCCAGCACAGCAUUUAGACACAACACUGUAGAAGUAUGGGAUUAUGCGCCUACAGCUGUUUAAUGUGUUUCUCUUUCCUUUUUAUGGUGAGGUACAUUGUUUAAACUCCUAUGCUCAAGGAAGCUUUCACACUGCGACACCGGCUUUUACAGACUUUCUUUACAGAGAUUUGGAGGUGGGGGUGGGGGAUGGAAUUAUAUAAAUAUAUAUAUAUAUGUAUAGCCAGGGUUAUUGGCUGUGCACUUCAGCAAAAUACAUUUAAUGAUAUUUUAUGGUCACUGUGAUAUUUACAGAAGGAAGUUAUCUAAAGAAAUGCUGCUUCUAAAGCACAUUUGCAGUUAACAGCGAGGUACCAGUUAAGUAUCUUUUGCUCUUAAUGCUGAGGGAUAACAGUUCCAAAGCUUUACAUGAAUGCCAAUGUAUCCUGCCAACAUACAUGUGUGCGUGAGGGGGGUGCUUGUGUGUGUGUGUGUGUCAUAUAGCAGAGUUUGAGUUCUUAUUAGACUAGCUGUAGCACAUGUCUCGAUACAUGACAAUGAACAGGAGGUGUGAAUUUUAGAGAAUUUGUGCCCAUGAGGAAGCCGGAGCCCUUUGUGAGAAGCUCUGCGUUUCCCGUCAUCCUCCAAGUCCUGCGUUGCACACCGGCUGCAGGCAGCAGCCUUGCAGUAGGGCCCAUGCUAGCUUUGUCUCUGUCUCCUCCUCCUCCUCUUCUGGCAUUUCUCAGACUGCUGGUGAAAAGGAAGUGCCAGGGCGUUUAUUUCCAGGGAGGCUUACGAGGGGUUGUGCAGCACACUGCUCUCGUAAGGAUCUGGCCCUCUGUCCACUUCUGAGUGUGUGAAUGGCGUAUAUGUUUGAGCAGGAGAGAGAAGAAAGCAAAUGUACGUGCGCAUAUGGAAACUAGAGGCACGCUGCCAUCUUUCCACCCUAACUGUAUGCCUCCGUGCAUCAGUGGCCAAACAUAACGAUUUUGGAGCAAAGCUAAGCCAACGUCUCUUGAGAGCAAAAGAAGGGGAGCAUGGGGGUUAUGUCUCAAAAUAAAAUGCGAAUGUUGCAUUAGGAGAGGGAUGGGAGAAUGGUGCAAGUCCUGCGUAUGUCUCAGCAACCACUCACAUGAGCUUCAGAGAGCUUGUUUUUCAGUGUGAGUGCUGGUUGGGAGCAGUUUGUAGAUGGCGUUCUGCUUAGAAGCAGUGUGUUUGAUCCCACCAAUAUACUUACUUUUUGUUUGCUGUUUUUUUUUUUUUUUCUUUUUUUUUUUUUUUUUUUUUAAUGAGAGGAAAAGAUGGGGCCUGUAGAAGAGCAGAUAUUUUUGUUUUGUUCUGUUUGUUUUUCUCUGUUGUUUAUGCUGUGAGCCAAAUGUCUAUUUAAAAGGUUGAAUAUUCACUUUCAAUAUUUUAUUUCACAAUAUUAUAUUUGUCAAUGAUUAGCUAUCUAGAUGUAAAUAUGGAGAAAUUUUUAUGGGUUCCUGUAGAUAAUGAUAUCUUUAAGAAAAAGAAAAAAAGAAAAAAAGGGAUUUUUUUUUUGUAAAGCCAAUUUUUUUAAGAAUAAAUACAAAAGCAUUUUUAUACAGUGUAGCCAUUUUCAAACCCAACUAAUAAAGUCUUGAAUACGUGUAAAACUUUCUGGGAAGCCACUGGUCUACAGGAUCAUGGCUUUAGCAUAUUAAUGCUCUUUGGGACUGGCAGCACCAACCAGUACCACACAAUUUACAGGUUGUUGUUGUUUUUCCCCACAAAAAUAAUUAUAUAUAUAUAUAUAUGAAGAUCAAUAUCUCUCAAAAAUGGUUUGACUAUGUAUGUUUUUUAUAUGCUAAUCUUGCAGUCCCUUGCCAAGAAGAGGAUUGCUUGUGGGAGUGAGAAUGCUUGUGAAAGGAAGAGUUUGUAGAAGUCCUUUCUAUAUUAAAUUGCUGACAUUGCAUCCAUCGCUUUUUGCCAUUGUUAUGCAUUCACAGUAUUUCCUAGUCCUAUUGAUACCUCCCCAAAAAUGUUAGAAAACCCUCUCUAUCAAAGCCAAUGUGUGUUGUCAGAGUUUCUUUUUGCUUUGCAUAAAGAGGAUUGUAUUUUUUUACCAGCAGAGAAGAUGUUUGCAUUUUGACAGAAUGACCGUAGAGCAUGGCUCUGGAUGCUCUUACCAGCAGAAAAAUUUAGUCAGUGAUUUUCAGUGAAAUCAGAAGAACAAAGAUCCAAAUUCCACUAUUGUUUUAAAGGGAAAGGAUAGAAUUAAUUCAAAAGAAAAAGUGCCAUCACUUGAGUGUUCUCCAAGAUCUCAGCAAGUCUCCACCAAUUUCAGCUUGCAUAGUUUUCGUACCUUUUCUGUUACUUCAAUUAACCAUUUAAUUUGGGGUUUUCUUGUACAAGUGACAUGCAUAUGUUAUAGUACCAGAAUUAUUUAAUGUGUUUAAUUCUGCCCUUAAAAAUUAAACAUAGAGAUGCUUUAAAAUAUCACAUCUCUAAGCAUAUUUUUCUUCUUUUUUUCAGUGCAUGCUCACUGGAACUGGAUUUUUUAUAUUGAUUUUAUAUUGCUUUUGCUAGAAGAAGAAAAAAAAAUAUUACACAAAGUGUCAGUGGGUGCCCACUUGGUAAAAUUAAGAUGAGCCAAUCAAGAAUGAGGCCAGUUCCCUUGACUAAAGUUUCAUUAACUCAUCUAAGCAAAUAUACAGGGUUGAACCAAGAAAAAAUAUCCUAAAAAUUUUCUGAAAGGGAAUUAUUAUAUUUUUCUUAUUCAUCAUUUUUGGUUGCCAAUAGGUAAAAUCAUUGUCUGCUCUAAUUUGUUAAGCUUUCUUUCUAUAAUAACAAUGCAGCUGUUAUAAAUUACUACAUUGGUACACAAGCCUAUUUGUGGGUGCAGUUUGAUUAACUGGGGUCUUUUACAGUAUGGGAAUUUCUGACAGGCAAUUUAUCCAAACUGCUAGCAAAGAAGCAAAAGUAUCUGGGACUGGGACUGGUGAUUUUUUUUUGCAUUCCACAUAAUUAAUGGUAAAAUCCAAUUUCUGCAGGUAUUCACUCCUUAUCAAUCUGAUUUUGCAUCUUUGCAUUGUAUUUCUGGGGAAAAAAUGAACAGGGAAUUCCCCAGGCUGGUUUAAAUGUAACACAAAGAAGAUAUCAGAGAUAUUUUAUAUCAAAUGUGUGAAUACAUUUGUUUGCCUUUUUUUUUUUUUUUAGUAGAUAGUGAAACAGACUGGUUUUUAGUUUUUAUUGUUGUUGUUGGUUUUUAUACUAGUCUCUUGUCCAAAGGAGGCAAACCUUUUGACCUGCAGUUACAGCACUGUUUUUGAGGCUAGACCUUGAUGGUUUUCCACUUUGUGCAAUCCUUUGGAGUUGCAAACCCUAAAUAAACCACAACCUGUGCAGUAUGUGGGUGAAAAAAAAUGGAAAGAAAGAAAAGAAAGAAA